AUGGCACCUUGGAAGCAAGCCGUUCUAUCAGCGUUGGCAACAUCGUACCUCACGCCAUCCACAUACCGAUCUCGUCCAGAUCUCGCACCACCACAGCUCAACAUUACCGUUCCCGCCCACAAUGCCAAUAGCUCCGAGUAUGUUUUCAUUGCGCCUUAUUCUCGGAAAAGUACAAUCGAUCGUCCUGGUCCAUACAUCUACCGGAAAGAUGGAGAUCUAGUGUGGGCCGGGACGGGGUACUAUGCUGGAUUUGUCGCCAAUUUCCAUCCCACCACAUACCACGGCAAGCCUGUCCUGCAAGCUUUCCAAGGAACCAUCGAUAGUGCUCAUGGCGAGGGAUUUGGUCAGAGCGUACUUCUUGAUCAAAACUACCAGCAUGUUGUGACUUCCACCGGGGCAAAUCAUCGGAUUUCGUCGAUACACGAGUUUCAUGUGAUUGAUGGCAAGACGGCAUUGAUCGAAGUCUUUGAUAUCAUACGGACGAAUUUGUCCUCCUACGGAGGCAACUCAUCCCAACAGUGGCUGGGGAAUGGGGUCUUUCAAGAAAUCGAUCUCACCUCUGGUGACCUUGUCUUUGAAUGGAAUGCUUUUGAUCAUAUCGACCCCUCUGAGAGCCAAACAAGCUUGGGCUGGAAGAGCUCCAACAGUGGAUUGACUUUUACCCAGGCAUGGGAUUACUUCCACAUCAACAGUGUGGACAAAGACCACAACGGCGACUACCUACUCUCCUCCCGACACACCAGCACGAUAUUCAAAAUCAACGGCACGGACGGGUCAAUCAUCUGGCGACUCGGUGGCAAAAAGCCAAGUUUCACACAAGUCGGCAACUGGACAUUCGGAUUCCAGCAUCACGCACGCUGGCACCCACAACUCAGCCAGCCCGGGACCGAAGUCUUUUCAUUCUUCGAUAACUCUGGAAAUGGCGAAAUCACUCUCAACGACGUGUCUCGGGCUUUGGUUGUGCAGAUAAACCACACAGACCACACGGCAACACUUCUCCGCAAGGCGCCAGCACCAUAUGGGCUUCUGGCUGAGUCUCAGGGCAACGCGCAGCUCCUGUCUCAAGAUAGAAUCUUCGUCAACUGGGGAUCAGAGGGCGCUGUUACAGAGUUUGAUGCUGAUAAUGAGAUCCUAUAUCACGCUUUCAUUCAAUCCGCCAUCAGCUAUCGUGGAUUCCUCGGAAACUGGACGGGGACGCCGACCGAAGUCCCUGCUUUGGUUGCAUCAAAACUUUCCUCUAACCUGGUGAAGCUAUAUGUAUCUUGGAAUGGUGAUACUGAGACCAAAUUCUGGCGAUUCUUCUACGUCAACGGGGGGAAGAAGACCCGACUUGGGCAAGUGAGUCGCAACUCAUUUGAGACUGUCUUCACUUGGACGUCGAAGCUUGCACUUUCUGACUCUUCCAAAUUUAUUGCCGAGGCUAUUGAUGGGAAUGGAGAGACGAUUGCUCAGACCGGUUUGAUUGGUUCUACUGCCAAUGUUUAG